AUAUUGGCGUGCAGUGUCCACUAGGAGGCGCCAUAAUCGACAGCAGCGAGAUUGUGGCGGCGGCGGGAAUGGUGGGAAUACUCUGUCGUAAUGAACGCAUUUGACGGCUCAGGUUCGUCAGGACAGGGCGAGGCCGACGGUCGCCGUCCCUGGGCCCGCUUCUCUUCGUGGCUAGAGUGCGUGUGUGUGGUGGCCUUCGACCUGGAGCUCGGACAAGCCAUCGAGCUGGUUUACCCUCAUCAUGUGAAGCUGACUGAGAAGGAGAAAAACAGCCUUUGCUACCUUUCCUUUCCAGACUCCUACUCAGGAUGCAUCGGGGACACCCAGUUCAGCUUCAGGAUGCGCCAGUCGGUUGGUCGCAGACAUUCUCGCCCCAGAGAGGUCGUUUACAACAGAGACGCCCCUGCUGUGCUUCAGAGCGAAACCUCCCAUUUUUAUGGCUACGUGUAUUUUAGACAAAUCAAGGACGUGUCUGUGAAGCGAGGAUACUUCCAAAAGUCGCUGGUGUUGGUGUCCAGGCUGCCGUUCGUUCAGCUUUUUUACUCCAUGCUUCACAUCAUUGCCCCCGAGUUCUUCGACAAGUCGGAGCCGUGUCUGGAAACAGGUCACGUGGUCGUGAUGUCGGCCAUGUGUGUGUUGAGACAAUCCUUGACUGUAGUUGAUGUCUUCCAUGCAGUGUGCAACGAGAUCGACCAAUGGCCUUUCCUCUCUGCUGGACUGACCUUUCACCUGCCCCUUGUGGGCGUGGUCCUGCAGGUGAGAAUUCCGUGCCAGAAGGACAAAGCGGGAAGUCCAGUGAGAGCCGCGGUGAAGGAGAAUGUCCUCCCCACACCGACUCUGCUGCCUUCUGUACACGAGCUGGACCUCUUCAGGUGCUUCCAGUCGGUCCUGAUCCAUCUGCAGAUGCUCUGGGAGCUCACCUUACUCGGCGAGCCCGUGGUCGUCAUGGCGCCAUCCCCCACCGUCUCCUCAGAAACCGUCUUAGCGCUCAUCAGCUCCAUCAGUCCUCUCAAGUUCUUCUGCGAUUUCCGUCCGUAUUUCACCAUCCACGACUGCGAGUUCCGGGAAUUCACCACCAGGACGCAAGCGCCGCCCAACGUGAUCCUGGGUGUGACCAACCCCUUCUUCAUCAAGACCUUCCACAGCUGGCCGCACGUCCUGCGACUGGGAGACACAAAGAUGACAGGCCACGUCCCCAAGCAGUUGAAGGUGAAGAAGGUGUCCAAACUGAAGACGCUGGACACCAAACCAGGAGUCUUCACGGCUUACAAGAGCUUCCUGCUGAAGGACAAGGUCCUCAUCAAACGCAUGCUGAAGGGCAUCCAGAGGAGGAGGCCAUCUGAGGUGCAGAGCGCCAUCUUGAGGAGACACUUUCUGGAGCUGACCCAGAGCUUCAUCAUCCCACUGGAGCGCUACAUGGCCAGCCUGAUGCCGCUGCAGAGGUCUGUGACACCCUGGAAGACGCCCCCGCAGGUUCGACCCUUCAAUCAGGAUGAGUUCAUGUCCAUGCUGGAGCACGGCGGCCCUCAGCUGACCUCGGCGCUGCGAGGCGAUUGGACGGGACUGUACAGGAAGUUCUUCAAGUCUCCAAACUUUGAUGGCUGGUACCGCCAGCGCCACGGAGAGAUGACGCGCAAACUGGAGUGUCUCCACCUGGAGGUCAUCUGCGCGGCUGACCUGCUGGCGUGGACCCGAGACAAGUCAGAGGUGGAGAUCGUUGACUUGGUUCUGAAGCUCCGAGAGAAACUGAUGAAAGCGCGAAGUCAGCAGCUGCAGGUGAGAGACGACAUUUUGAACACACUUGAUUCGUUGAUCACGUCCAUCAUGCAGUCGCUGUCCAAAGACCUGCAACAUGUCCUCAACGCACAACAAGACGCACACCAUGUAGGUUAAUCAUGUGACACACGGGCUGGACAGGAUGUAAGCCAUGUAGAUCCAAUAAACGUAGCAAGUGUUUUCUAUCACUUGCUGCCUGCAGUGAAUAAUGAGGUAGAAAAGAUUCCCAGUAAUAAAAGAUUGAAUGAUAAACAUUUAUUGGAA